AUGAAGGCCCUCGGUUUGCUCCGGAGAGCUCCGCUUACCCCUUCACUCCGGCCGACACCUCCCGCAGUUCUUGACUUUCUCGCGCCUUCCACGCUGCAAACCCGUCGCCAAUGCAAGAAUACAGCGACGAAACAGUCCGCAGCGAUCCCCACGACAUCUCAGCAAAAAUCCAAUUCGUCGAAACCGAAAUAUGUCCUUAACCAGGAACAACGUGAGUUCCUCGACAGAGCGCUCCGUGUCAACCAAGCCGGCGAGUUAGCCGCCACCUUAAUCUACACCGCGCAGACACCACAAGUCGUGCGUUCUCAUCCUCACCUACGGCCAUUGAUGAAACACAUGUAUGAUCAGGAAGUCGGACACUUCAACACGUUCAAUCAUCUUAUUGCGAAACAUCGAGUGCGACCGACGGCGAUGUACCCGAUAUGGGAAGUUGCAGCGACGUUUUUGGGCUGGUCGACCGGUGUAAUGGGACGCGAGGCAGCUAUGGCCUGUACAGAAGCCGUGGAGACUGAGAUUGGAUCACACUAUAAUGACCAAGUACGGGAAAUCUUGUCCUGGAAGGCGGAGGCUGAAAGUCGGGGUGAAGAGCUUGAUGAGGAACUGGAGGAAAUGCUCGUGACUUUCCGGCGGAUUCGCGACGAGGAGCUGGAGCAUCUGGAUCAUGCUGUGGAAAAUGAUGCGAAGGAAGCUCGUCCAUACGACCCGCUGGUCAAUGUCAUUCGCUACGGCUGCAAGGCAGCUAUCAAGAUCACCGAGCGGGUGUGA